AUGAAAAUACAACGUAAGGAGGCUGCAGUCAUUAUUCAGAAUGAUGAACCCCCAGAAGAACCGGCUUCGGAUGACAGCACUCGUCUGCGGCCGUUACUUGGAUACGACUGGAUAGCGGGUGUUCUUGAUGUGGAAAAGUCCCUGAACGAACACUCAGAUGACUUCUACGCAGAACUCCAAGAUUUUCGAACACAAAAUACAAAGGAGUGCAUGCACCAGCCCAGAGACAAAUCUAGCCUGGAGGAACCCUCUGUCCUGACACUGUUAGCAGACACAGACAGCCUGGGCGAUGACAUGGUUGCUCAUCAGUGCACCUACAUGUACAGGCUGAACAACCGACUGUUCGCCAUCCCCACUCACCCAGAUGAACAGUGCCCCAUGUGUAAAAAGACAAAAUCUGCACACCCACACAGUAGAGACAAACCAGCUCUUGUCAGGGUCAGCAUCCCUUGCGCCACCAUCCUCCCACCGUAUGAGUACAGAGCGCAUCGCCGAAAAAGCUUUGAUCCAGCUGACAGCUUGGGGUUGCCCUCGCAUUGCCUCUUGGGCUGUGCCAACAAGGUUCAGAACAGCUAUGACCCACCCAGCCACCUUGAUUUGCGAAGUCAUUUGGAAAAGAGAAUUGAGACACCAGUGAGAGUGCGUCCAGUGAUUCCAAUCGAGAAUGAUGUGUCAGUUUCCCCCUGA